CCUGAGCGACACGGAUAUAACUUUCUUCUCCUGCCCUCCAUAAACAUGGCGGAGGUCAGGCUGAGAUUUGGAAGAGGUGCAUACGACUUUGUACACAAAAAUUGCAAACGCUACCUCCUAGAAAGUCAGAAACAACACGGGAAAACUAUCUUACGUACUGUGUCUCUCUCGCCGAGUGUUUUAUUGGAAAAUGGGGACUUGUUUGGAGCCGGAAAUGCUGAGAGAGUGAGCAUAGUAGUUUCUCAGGACAGUUACAAAAGGGUAACACCGGUGUUUGGUAAUGUUGAGCAUGUUUGUGGAAAGGAACAUGUCACUGAACAUCUGUAUUGUUUAGAGUCUCCUAAAAAGAGUCGUGUUGAUAAUUUAAAGAGGAAUUCUUCUCAGUACCGGAGUAAAAUGGUGUUUCGAAGGUCUGUCUCCACCUUCAGGACUUCCCAUCAGAACCUCCUCAAUCUGUGUUUGUGUCAGAACCAUGGAGGGUCUGUGUUUCUCAGAGCUUACAGCAGCAACGGGACACGCUUCGAGCCCCUCUACAAAACUAAAACCGGCUACUAUGAAAUCCUGGAGGUGGCGCCCAACGCCACGCAAGCUCAGAUCAAGACAGCCUACUACAAGAAGUCCUUCGUGUACCACCCGGACAGGAACGCAGGCAGCGACGAGGCCACAGUCCUCUUCUCUGAGAUCAGCGAGGCCUACACCGUACUGGGCAACAAGAGUCUGAGAAAGAAGUACGACCGGGGUCUCCUGAGUCAGUCAGACCUCACAGCCACAACCAGACCCUCCAACACCCGGGACACCUCAGGGAGCUCCACCAAACCGCAAUCUGAAAGCAGCCGGUCUGUGAUGGGCACAGAGAGCAGAGAAGGUGUCUUCGACUUUGAUAAGUUCUUCAAGGAGCACUACGGAGAGCAGCUGCAGAGACAGAAAGAACUCAAAGCCCGCAGGGAGGAGCUGCAGAAGAGGAAGGAGGAGUCCAUCACAGAGAAGAAGCUGAUCAAGGUGACAGAGGUGGGAGUGUGGGUGAUGCUGGGGAUGGCUAUAGCUUUACUGAUCAGCUUGAAACGAGGUUGAUGGUCAUCUAUCAUCUCUAACACUACAAGAACACUGCUUACUGGACUGCUGUCAAUUCACUCUGAUUGCCAAAAGCCCCUCCAUGCAGGAAGACACCAACAGUUGAAUAUCAGAUAAAAGCUGGGCACCAUGGAUGUGUAAUCAUCAUCUGUGGGAUCUAUAGGACUCUGUGCAAUAUACCAGGAAUACUUGUCCUCUUAGACGCUGCAAAUCAAAGACUGAAGUGUUGUGUGCACAUGUGAAAGACCCUCAGUCUGUAAACUUCUCAUUGAACUGUGUUUGGAGAGGAUUUUGCAGCACAUAGCCUUCGUUAGUAUGAACACUGUCAAUACAAACCUCAGCAGUACACACACAGCUAUGAAGCUUCUUAAUGAGGUCUAAACACAAGCUGACAUAAAGGAAGUCAAAUUGUUUUUAAAAAGAAAGACCCUUCUUGUGUUUUUAGAUGUUUAUCACAAUCCUGAAGGAGCACAUGGAAAGGGAAACACUGACCAAGGGGGACUAGGCUCAACUUCUGUGACUUUUAUAAAGUCAUCUGUUCUGCAGGUUUCUUUAUUUUUAAUAUUAAAGCAACUUUAAAUUAUGUUUGAAUGUGUUGCUAUUUAUUAAAAAAAAUUUGUAGCAAUAUAAAAAAAGAAUGGGUAUGUGGUUGACUUCGAUUCGAGAGCCUGCUCUACAGGCGUUUUAGGAAUGGUGGCUUUAUGAUCCAAGUGUUUGAAUGUGCCUUUGAUGAUAUUUGAAGUAAAAUAUCUCUGGUUGUACUGUAAAAAAAAAGAUCUAAUAAAUAUACACAAGCAGUGCCUGUCGGAGCACAAUAAGA